CGAACUCUCAUCGUUACGCUUUCUCUGUCUUAAAUUUCAUCUCUCCUGGACUCAUCAUUUUCUGCAAACUCUUGGAUUGGGAUUGGGUUUGUGAUUUGAAAUCGGUGGAUCACCAUGGACGAAGAAUAUGAUGUGAUUGUUCUUGGGACUGGACUCAAGGAAUGCAUUCUCAGCGGGCUUCUCUCUGUCAAUGGCUUCAAAGUAUUGCAUAUGGACAGAAAUGAGUAUUAUGGAGGAGAGUCAUCAUCACUUAGCCUUAAACAGCUAUGGCAUCGUUUCAGGGGAAAUGACCAGCCUCCAGAAAGCUUAGGCUCAAGCAGGGAGUACAAUGUGGAUAUGAUUCCUAAGUUCAUGAUGGCCAAUGGUGGUUUGGUCCGUGUUCUCAUCCACACUGAUGUUACUAAGUACCUAAAUUUCAAGGCCGUGGAUGGUAGUUUUGUGUACAACAAGGGAAAGAUAUACAAAGUUCCAGCAACUGAUGUUGAAGCACUGAAAUCCCCAUUGAUGGGACUGUUUGAAAAGCGCCGAGCUCGGAAGUUCUUCAUUUAUGUCCAAGACUAUGAGGAGAAUGAUCCAAAAUCUCAUGAAGGGAUGGAUUUAAACAAAGUCACAGCAAGAGAUCUUAUCUCAAAAUAUGGGCUGGAGGAUGAUACAAUUGACUUCAUUGGUCACUCAUUGGCACUUCAUAGUGAUGAUAGUUACUUGGAUGAGCCAGCUAUGGAAUUUGUAAAGAGAAUGAAGCUCUAUGCGGAGUCCUUGGCACGCUUUCAAGGAGGAUCUCCCUAUAUCUAUCCAAUGUAUGGAUUGGGGGAAUUGCCUCAGGCAUUUGCACGUUUAAGUGCUGUUUAUGGUGGCACUUACAUGCUCAACAAGCCUGAAUGUAAGGUGGAGUUUGAUGAAAAUGGAAAAGCUUUCGGUGUGACAUCUGAAGGGGAAACUGCUAAAUGCAAGAAGGUUGUUUGUGAUCCAUCAUAUUUACCUGAUAAGGUUCAAAAAGUCGGAAAAGUUGCACGUGCUAUAUGUAUAAUGAGCCAUUCCAUUCCAGACACAAAUGACUCUCACUCAGUCCAGGUUAUUCUUCCACAAAAGCAACUUGGUCGUAAGUCAGAUAUGUACCUGUUCUGUUGCUCCUAUUCUCACAAUGUGGCUCCAAAAGGGAAAUACAUUGCUUUUGUCACAACUGAGGCAGAGACAGAUCAACCUGAGGUAGAAUUGAAGCGUGGUGUAGAUUUACUUGGACCUGUAGACGAGAUAUUCUAUGAAACUUAUGACAGAUUUGAACCCAAAAAUGACCAUGAAGUUGACCAUUGCUUCAUAUCUACUAGUUAUGAUGCAACAACACACUUCGAGUCCACUGUAAAAAAUGUGAUUGCCAUGUACAGUCAGAUAACUGGAGAGGAGCUCGAUCUUACUGUGGACCUGAGUGCUGCAAGUGCUGCUACUGGAGAAUGAAAUACCUUCAAUGUCUUCAUAUUCUAUUAGCUCUAACAAUGCCCUGGCCUUCUUUCUUUGCUGAUUUUUUUUUUUUUUUGUUUUUAUUUUCUUCUUUUUAAUAUAUAUUUAUAUCAUUCCUUGUCAGGGAUUUGUUAUCAGUCAUUGGAUACUCUUAUUUAGCUAACUUGUUACUGAACCAACAUUACAGAA